UUCUUGUGUAUACAGCAAAAAUGCCGGACGUCGAGGAUAAUCAGGAAUUGGAACAGAGCAAACUGAGCUCAUUGCGGGACCACUUUGACGCAGAACUUACAGAAUCAUGGGCCGACUCGGUACUCAUCGUCAGUAGCUUCAUCACCGGGCUCUUGGACUCGGCGGUAUUCAACGUAUGGUCAUGCUUCGUGUCGAUGCAGACAGGCAACACGCUCUAUCUCGGCCUCGGUGUUUCUGGUCAACCCAAAAGUUCACCAUGGCGAUGGGCAAAAUCUGGCAUGUCCAUCAUCUCAUUCGUGGUCGGAGCAUUCAUCUUCAGUCGAUUCAUGAGAUGGCUUGGACCCCUUCGUCGAAGCACAAUGGUCUACUCAUGGCUGAUCCAGGCUGUUUUGAUAUACAUUUGCGCUGCACUAGAAGACACUGGAGUUGUGCCCAAUGAUGCAGGCGACAAUUUGCCCAACAGCUUCAUCGUUCUCCUGCCUUUAAGUUUGCUAUCCAUCCAGUCUGCCGGACAGAUGGCCAUGUCCAGAAUCCUUGGCUACGGAGAAGUCACCAGUGUCGUCCUUACGAGCGCAUACUUCGAUCUGGUUUUCGACAACGAAGUCUUCACAGCAGCACCGACUCGCAACGUCAAGCGCAACCGCAGGAUCGGAAGCAUGGUUAUGGUGGUUUUAGGCGCAAUUGCCGGCGGCUUUUUGACCCAGGACGAGGAUAUCUCCAAGGUCCUAUGGUUCGCCGGUUCGCUCAAAGUGGCUAUCGCUAUCUUGUGGGUCUUCUGGAAGUCCAAGGGAUCUGUCAGACUCGAGUAGUUGAUUGUAGAGAACAAGUCCACGUGGAAGACGAGCGGAAGAUUUGCUGACAGGCGCCAUCUUGGUACGAAAUUGGCAAUGACGCUUGUUAUCCUCCGGCCCGAUAUAUUCCCAAAGACUAAAUAGCAAGAUGGGAACACAAAGAACAUGUGCCCUAAUCAUUGAUCACUCAGCGUCUGCUGGUAUCCUAUCGUGUCGUGUUCGAGAAGUC